GAGAUCAGUCCAACGACGCUUUUUCUGUUGUCUAUUUCGGUGGUUCGUUGUUCGGUCUGGUCUGGUCUGCGCUGCGCCUCUCCAUCUGCUCUCGCAAUCGUCGCGGUCCAAAAGUCAUUCAUUCGAAAAAGCGUCUGUAAAUAUUUACUGGGCAAUACCACGCAGAGUGCCCUCAGUUAUCAAUUCAAAUGCGGUUUUAGGCCCGGCCCGGCCACGCCGCGCCGCUCUACGCCAGCACGCUUUUGGCAGCACUUCGAGUGGUCGCCACUUCAGUCUUGGUUAAUCACUGCCUGGAAGCGGAGGAUAUCCGGAUAACCCACUUGGACACGUACUCGCGUAAUCAAUCAUUUUAUGGACACACCAAACCACAAUGCACAAGGCCAUUAAAAAUAAAUCCAGGCUGCUCUGUGGCCUGAAGAACGCAAAGGCAGAUCUGACAACGGCCAAGUUUAUACUAUAUUACGGGCCCACGGUGGCUGAUAGCGAUAUCUAUGAUCUGAAAGACCACAAGAGUCUGUUGGAGGACGAGAAUUUGGAUUUGGGCAAGAACACGGUGCUCUAUUUGCACGGCUAUGUGGAGGAUCCGGAUGUGGAGAGUGUAAAUGUCAUUGCGGAGGCCUAUCUGGAGCGCAAGGACACAAAUCUGAUCGUCCUCGACUGGGGAGAGCUGGCGGAUGGCAACUAUAUAUUCGAUGCCAUGGUGAAUGCCAAACAACUGGCACCGGAGCUGGCCAAGGUGCUGCUGGAAAUGUUUGACCACGGCUUGGAUAUAGAGAAGUUCCACAUAGUCGGCCACUCGAUGGGCGGACAGCUGGCCGGGAACAUUGGUCGGGAGAUAUUUAAGCGCACCAAAGGUGUUCGAAAGAUCAAAAGAAUUUCGGCUCUAGAUCCCGCCUUUCCGCUGUACUAUCCGCUGGGGGCACAUCUGACUGCCAAUGAUGCGGAGUUCGUGGAUGUCAUACACACAGACGCUUGGCUGUACGGCGCACCGACGAGCACGGGAACGGCGGAUUUUUGGCCCAAUGGCGGGAAAAGCCUACAGCCCGGCUGCCCCAAGCGGAACUACAAAAUGCUCAGCGAUAAUGAUCUGUCUAGUCAUCGGCGAAGCUGGUGGUUCUGGGCCGAAAGCGUCUCGGAUCGUUUUCCGAUAAGGUUCGAUGCCGUUGCGUGUCGGAGCUGGUCGGACUUCAAGCAAAACAAAACCACUGAAACAUGUCCGCCCGUGGUGAUGGGUCAUCACUGUCCCACAACGAUUCAAGGCAACUUUUACUUACAAACCAAUGGACAAACACCUUUUGCCAGGGGCAAGGAGGGUACAAUAUAUGUCGAUCCCAAGGAGCUGCUGGAAAAUACCCAUGGCUACUCCUGCGAGCCGCGCCACUCAAUCAAACCGGUGUGAUUUUCUUUUUAGUUUCGCCGAUUUGUUUUACAUUUAUAAAAUGUAUCGGAAUCUAUGCGUUCUUCUAUGAAAACUUCUUCACAUCACCAGAAAUAUAUACUUAAAUUUUGUUGUUGACCAUA